AUGGGUAAACCCACCGGGUUUAUGGAAUGGGGGCGCCAGCCCCCGGAACGCCGGCCAGUGAGAGACCGCGUCGGCGAUUACCGGGAACUCUACCAGCGUUGGCCCGAAGCCGCGGCCAAGGAGCAGGGUUCGCGGUGCAUGGACUGCGCCGUGCCCUUUUGCCACACGGGUUGCCCGUUAGGCAACGUGAUUCCCGAGUUCAACCACUACGUGUACUUGGGUGAUUGGGAAGGCGCUUUACGCACCCUUCUUUCCACCAAUAAUUUCCCGGAGUUCACCGGCAGGAUCUGCCCCGCACCCUGCGAGGCAAGUUGCGUCCUCAGCAUCAACUCUGACCCGGUGACAAUCGAAUACAUCGAAAAAGAAAUCGCGGACCGCGGGUUCGAGCAAGGCUGGAUAAAGGCCGAGCCUCCCAGCAAACGAACGGGAAAACGUGUAGCCGUGGUUGGAUCAGGGCCCGCCGGCUUGGCGGUGGCACAGCAGAUUAACCGUGCCGGCCACCAAGUGACGGUGCUGGAACGGGCUCACUCCAUUGGAGGCCUGUUGGCCUUGGGCAUUCCCGACUUCAAGCUGGACAAGGAAGUCUUAAAGCGCCGCUUGGACCUGAUGGAGGAGGAAGGGAUAGUCUUUCAGACGGGAGUCGACGUGGGCGUCAACUACACCGUAGAACGGCUUUUGAAUGAGUACGACGCCGUUUGUCUGGCUUGCGGCUCAACCCAGGCCCGGGAGCUUGACGUGCCCGGAAGGGACCUGGAAGGCGUGCAUCUGGCCAUGGAGUACCUUACCCAACAGAACAAGGCUAUUUCAGGCGAGGAAGCUGCGCUAGACGACCGUCUAACCGCCGAAGGGAAGCGCGUGGUGAUUCUCGGCGGCGGCGACACCGGCGCCGACUGCCUGGGCACCGCCCACCGGCAGGGGGCCGAGAUAGUCCACCAGUACGAGUUGCUGGCUGAGCCUCCUGAUGAACGUCCCGUGGACAACCCGUGGCCCCAGUGGCCUAUGGUGUUGCGCUCUUCUCCAGCUCACGAAGAAGGCGGUGUUCGGGACUACGGCAUCCUGACCAAGUCGUUCUCGGGCAGCGAAGGCAAGCUGGAGAGGCUGCACGCGGUGCGGGUGGAGUGGAAGCAGCCGGAAAACGGGGGCCGGCCCGCCAUGACCGAGGUGGCAGGCAGCGACUUCGUAGUUGAAACGGAGUUGGUGCUGUUGGCUAUGGGGUUCCUGCACCCGGAACACGACGGCAUGUUGACCCAGUUGGGUGUGGAACUGGACGGCCGCGGCAACGUCAAAGUUGAUGCCAACCGUAUGAGCAGCGUGCCGGGGGUGUUUGCCGCCGGAGAUGCCGCGAGAGGGCAAUCGCUGGUUGUGUGGGCCAUUGCCGAGGGUCGGGAAACGGCUCGGGAAAUCGACCUGUACCUGAUGGGAGAAACCAACCUGCCUCGUUCUCUUUCCGACUAA